UUUUUGAUGAAGCUGAACAACGAGACCGUCUCGAUUGAGCUCAAGAAUGGAACUGUUGUUCAUGGCACCAUAACAGGUGUGGAUAUUAGUAUGAACACGCAUUUGAAGACUGUAAAGCUAACACUGAAGGGGAAGAAUCCGGUGACCCUGGAUCACCUCAGUGUGAGGGGUAACAGUAUACGGUACUAUAUCUUGCCUGAUAGCUUGAAUCUUGAGACAUUGUUGGUGGAAGAGACGCCAAGGGUCAAGCCCAAGAAGCCAACUACAGGGAAACCUUUGGGACGAGGCAGAGGCCGUGGCCGUGGACGUGGACGUGGCAGAGGUCGUUAG